AUGCGGUUACUUGUACUUGUACUGGUCCAACUGGCCGCAGCAAACAAGACCCUGACCUAUUUAGAGAAAUACGGCUAUCUCAACAGCAAUGGAACAUCACUGACUAACAGUGUUAAGGACGCCGUUACGAGGUUCCAGGAGGUCUCUGGACUACAGGUGACCGGAUAUGAAAACGAGGAGACGCUGAAGCUGAUGGACACAUCCAGAUGCGGUAACUUGGACGAAGGCAUAGCCUCGUUUUCCGUGAACCCACUAGUUAAAUGGAACUCAACUCGGAUCACGUGGAACAUGAUUGGCUCUGGCAUCCAGUAUGCUAACAUCGUCGAGAGAGCGUUUUCUUUGUACACUAAACACUCUGCCCUCGAAUUCCGUAGGAGUUACAGUAAUCCCACUAUAAUGGUAGUAAUUUCCUCUAGGAAACACGUGGCGUACUACCUUAAAAGCACUUGCACUUACGAUUUUAACGGUCCAGGCGGCGUUCUCAGCCACGCCUUUCCCCCUCGAUCGUGGCUGAACCAAUCGGAUAUACACCUUGAUUUCGAAGAGGACUGGGAAUUUACAAUGAAUAUACCCGCACCGGAGAAGACUUCGUUCUUUGUAAGACGAUCAGCUUGCAAUUCAGGUUUUGUACGGGCCGCCGGUCCCCUCCUCCUCUACCACCUCCACAUCCACAACAUCAUCCACAACAUCAUCCACUACAACAUCCACUACGACGACAACAUCGACUACCACUAG